CUCCGCUAGGCCUCAGUUAACCUUUGCAACUUGCUCUAGUGUCCAGUGUCCACCCUGGUUUUAUAUGCAAAGGAAGUCUCAAGCUUCUUUCAGCUUCCCAAAGGGGUCUUUUCAUCUAGUUGGUGCCAGUGAUAAAGCUAAUAGAGCCGAAAACAAUGGAGUAUUCCCGGGUUUUGUCUCUUGUUUUCUGCAUUUGUGUCUGCUGCUGCUUCUUUUCCACUGCCCAAGCUAGAUCCCAUAAGCAUAGUAAACAUAAGCAUGCUCAUGCAAGCCCAGUAUCCCAAAUUUCCUUGCCCCCUUGCCCUCCGCCUGAGCCUGCUAACCAAACUAAUGGUGGCCAUUCCUAUAAUUCUACUAAUGUUUUCGAUGUACGUUCUUUUGGUGCUGUUGGAAAUGGCAUAGCAGACGACACACAGGCAUUCAAGGCAGCUUGGGACACAGCUUGCCAAGUUGAGGAGUCAGCUAUUGUCUUUGUUCCCUAUGGUUACUCCUUUAUGAUUCAAUCUACAAUUUUCACAGGUCCUUGUCAAAGCCGCUUGGUUUUUCAGGUUGAUGGUACACUUACGCCACCAGAUGGACCCGACUCCUGGCCACAGAAUAACAGCAAGCGCCAGUGGCUGGUCUUUUACAGAAUCAAUGAAAUGUCAUUGCAAGGAGGUGGUCUUAUAGACGGGAGAGGAGAGAAUUGGUGGAACCUUCCCUGCAAACCCCAUAAGGGAAUAAAUGGAACGACACUGCCAGGACCAUGUGACAGUCCAAUUGCCAUAAGGUUCUUCAUGAGCUCCAACUUGACUGUCCAAGGGCUUAGAAUCAAGAACAGCCCUCAGUUUAACUUCAGGUUUGAUAACUGCAGGGAUGUUCAUAUCGAAUCCAUUUACAUAACAGCUCCAGCUCUAAGCCCCAAUACCGAUGGGAUUCACAUAGAGAACACCAACAAUGUCAAAAUAUAUAAUUCAGUAGUCUCCAAUGGUGACGACUGCGUUUCUAUUGGAUCAGGUUGCUAUGAUGUAGACAUAAAGAACAUCACAUGUGGACCGAGUCAUGGAAUUAGCAUUGGAAGUCUAGGCAAUCACAACUCUCGAGCCUGCGUUUCCAAUAUCACUGUUAGAGACUCCGUUCUGAAAUAUUCAGACAAUGGGGUUAGGAUCAAGACAUGGCAAGGCGGAUCAGGAGCUGUAUCGGGAGUGACAUUCAGUAAUCUUCACAUGAACAACGUUAGGAACCCAAUCAUCAUCGAUCAGUUCUACUGCCUCGCCAAACAGUGUAUGAACCAGACCUCGGCAGUGCUUGUAUCCAACAUAAUCUACAGCAACAUCAAAGGAACCUACGACAUUCGCAGUCCAGCAAUGCAUUUUGCUUGCAGUGACUCGGUCCCAUGCACCAACUUGACACUCUCGGAUGUGGAACUUCUUCCUGCUCAAGGAGAAUUGAUGUUGGAUCCAUUUUGUUGGAAUGCAUAUGGGGACUUGGAAACACUGACUAUCCCUCCAGUCUCCUGCUUGAUGGAGGGCACUCCUCGAUCCGCCCUCGAAAACUAUUUAGACCAUUGCUGAUUAGUUUACUACUAGGUUAACAGUUUGUAAACAGAUUAUCCAUAUAUGUACAUAUUUUUAACUA